AUGUGGGUUGUGGAGAGUGGAGCUGAGAAGACUGGGAAGACCAGGUCCUUCCCCACCCUCUCCUCCAUCAUCAUCCUCUCCCCUCUCUCCCCUCUGCCCGGUGUCUCUCUCCCCUCUCUCUCUCUCUCUUCCCUGGCUCCAAGGUAUGCACGGGACGCCCCGGACAGAUGCACCAGCCACUUUGACGCCGUGGCCCAGAUCAGAGGAGAGGCCUUCUUCUUUAAAGGGAGGUACUUCUGGAGGCUGACCCGGGAGAAGCACCUGGUGUCUCUGCGGCCGGCCCAGAUCCAGCGCUUCUGGAGGGGUCUGCCUGCCAACCUGGAUGGCCUGGACGCCGUGUACGAGAGGCCCGGGGACCACAAGAUUGUCUUCUUCAAAGGUCUGAUGUACUGGGUCUUCAACGACAACAAUGUGGAGGAGGGUUACCCUCGACCAAUCAGUGACUUCGGCCUGCCCGUGGACGGCGUGGACGCCGCCUUCGUCUGGCCGCACAACGACAAGACCUACUUCUUCCAGGGCGCCCACUACUGGCGCUACGACGACCACCUGAGGCGCAUGGACCCGGGGUACCCCAAAGACGCCUCGCUCUGGAAGGGGCUGCCCCCCAAUCUGGACGACGCCAUGCGGUGGUCUGACGGCUCCACCUACUUCUUCAAAGGGAAGGAGUACUGGCGCGUGCUGGCCAGCGACAUGGAGGUGGAGGCGGGGUUCCCGCGGCUCAUCGCCAAGGACUGGCUGCACUGCACCGAGAUGCAGUCGGACUCCCCCGGCGUCGAGGGCAAGUUCCCCGAGGACGGCGGCGGGCACCUCCCCGACCACGCCGAGAACGGCUACGAGGUGUGCUCCUGCACCUCCGACACGGCCUCCCCGCCGGGGCUCAGCGCCUCCCCUUCAACCCCCCUCUGGCUCCUCCCACCGCUCUGGACGCUCCUAUUGGCCCUCGGCUCCGCGCCUCUAUGAUGACAGAGCCGGAGGGCCCAGAGUCGUUGAACUCACAAACCAGGAAGUCAGAGGGCCGAGUGGGCCGAGAGCAUGGUCAGGAGGAGGGCCUCAUUGGUUAGGAGCGAGGACAGGACCAGCUUCUCAUUGGUUGGGCGCGAGGGGGACAAUCUGUUUGAACCGCCAGAGAAAGUGUGUACUCCUACAUUGUAUAGUUAUGUUGUUGAUUUUCUGCUAUUUAUUUACUUUUCUGUUUGAUGGACUCAAAAAGCAUUUCAUUAUCCGAGCAUUUGUUUUUUUGUUUUUUACUAAACGGAAAGCGCUACGGCAUUCAACUACCCAUCUGCCAUCUGUGUGCGUUUUGAAAGGAUUAGAAAUCAGUUGGACAGAAUCAAUACCUAGGGCCGCUGGUAUGAGGAAGAUAUAGCCUGAAGUAUAUUUCCUGAUGGUAAACAACCAGCGCUCUAGAAACCUACUGCAGCGAUGGCUCAGCCCCACUGAAAUCCAAGUUGGAAGGUGAACUACGGAGCUGAAUGGCCGAUUGGAUGUUUCAGAGCGAGUAAACUGAACUGCAUGAAACCUAAGUGGUAUUGUUGGUGUGUACACAAUCGUAAGGGCUAGUUAGUGAUGGAUAACUAAGAGUAAAUGUUAUCAUUAUAUCAGAUUAUAUUGACAUUGACCAGCAGACACCUCGGGCAUGACCUGUUGUCCAAUCACAGUUAUGAAUAAAUAAAGUGCUUUCUGUUUUUGCUUCAAUUUUGGUUUUGAUUCAAUUGUGUUUAGAUUGAGUCUAAUGGUUCUAAUGUAUUUGUUUGACUCUGACCAUUGCUAUAGAUCCGAACGCAUUAGAACCAUGAGACUCAAUCAAACACAAUUUAAUCUAAACAAAGAUCGAGCAGAAAUUGCUGAUUGCAGCCUUAAACCUGCAUUAUGUUAGUCAACCCAUUGGCAAACUCUAGUUGCUUGAGUUGUCCCCAUCAUUUCAAGAUAAACUGUCGUCUUAGAUUUUUCCAUGGUGGGAUUGCGGGAGUGGGUUGGCAUUCUGGCAAGUCAGACAUUCCUUGUUGUUUUCCUCUUGCUCUACCUAUCAAAUGGUUUGACAUGGAUGGACUCGCUCAUUGCCUUUGUCUCUAGACUGCACUAUCGAAAAAGGUCAAGGAAACUCUUAAGAGUAACUUUGAACUCGUAAUUAAGGCAGCAUUAGAUAACUGUGGAUUUUGUUGUGUUAUUUUUAUAUUCACGAUUGGUGUAUGGAACCUCUGGAUGGCUGUUUAUCUCAGACACUCUCUGCCCUCCCGCCAAGAUGCUAAUGGUGGCUAACGAAUGACCAAGAGGAAGACAAGAUGGCCGCCGGGCGUCUUAUUAACCUCGACCCAUGUCAGCUGGAUGGACCUCAAGGACUUUCUUCUUACUCUGCAGAUAUAUUUACAUACGAUUAAGAGAGAUAAAGAUAACGAUAUAUUUGACAUGAAAAGUCACAUUAGAAAAUGUCAACUGAAAUAAUGUACAUUUAAAGUGUGUUUUCUAAUGUGAUACUAUUUUUGUAGAAAAAAUAAAGAUGGGACCAACUUUGAUGGCCAAAUUAUGUUAAAGGUGCAUCUGUCUUUGCGCAGCGUACUAAAACAUACAGAUCAAUCACAAAAAUAAUAACAUAAGGUGUGCUUGUAUCUCUUACAAUUUUGAGUAAUACUUAGCCAAGUAAAGCAAGUUAAGUUUU